AUGAAAGAUUUCCAUAUGAACAUUGGCAAGGAUGUAGAAUGGGUUGGAGGUUCUUCUGAAAGUAAUGUACCUGAAGAUACACAACAAGGUGACUUAGAAGUGAUCAACACAGCGGUUUUGUUGUCUGGGUCUUCAUCAGAUGAGGCAAAUGAUGGUAAGCGAAGGAAAACUAUUAGGGCCAUACAGAGGGCUUAUGAAAAUGAUGCAGCUUUGGUUAGUGAGCCCUUCUACAUUUUUCAAACUUUCAGUUCAUCUAAGGACUUUAAGACACAAGUGAAACUACAUUCCAUAAGGACAAGAAGGGAAAUACAAUUAGAGAAAAAUGAUAAGAAUAGGGUUAGGUUUGUGUGUAAGGGCACUAUACCAAAUCUUGCUACUAAUGAAGAAGAGAAAUGCCCAUGGGUUAUAUAUUGUAGUAAGUGGAAGCGUGACAUAGAUUGGAUGGUUAAGACAUACACGAAGGAGCAUCGAUGUCUACAAACAAGGAAAGUCAAAGCAUGUGACUAUAAGUUCCUUUCAGAGCAUAUAGUACAAGUUAUUGAGACAAACCCAAAGAUUCCUAUUAGGGCUUUACGAGAGCAACUCCAACGUGAGUACCAGAUGGACAUUUCGCAUAUGAAAACUUUUAGGGCAAAGCAGCAAGCUUUAAAGCAUGUUCAAGGAGAUUAUGCCAGCCAAUACAGGUUGUUAAGGGACUAUGUUUUAGAGGUACAAGCACGUAACCCAGAUACUACGGUUAAAAUUGAUGUUGAAAGUGAAGCGAAUCCAACUGUUGAGACAAGAACAUUCAGGCGUAUCUAUGUUUGCAUUGGAGCUUUGAAGCGAGGUUUUGCAGCGGGAAGAAGGGACUUUCUUGGACUUGAUGGAGCCUUCGUGAAAGGUCCAUAUCCAGGCCAAGUUUUGUCUGCUGUGGCAUUGGAUGGUAAUAAUGGGAUAUAUCCUUUAGCCUAUGCUGUGGUUGAAUCAGAAACAUUGAAUUCUUGGACUUGGUUUUUAAGUAAUUUGGGUGAUGACUUAGGUUUGGGAACAAAUUCCAAUUUCACGUUUAUGAGUGACAGACAAAAGGGUUUGUUGCCUGCGAUUGCAACACUAUUUCCAUGUGCAGAGCAUCGCUAUUGUCUUCGUCACAUACACGACAACAUGAAAAAGAACUGGAGGGGAAAGGUGUUCAAGGAUCUUCUUUGGGAAUGUGCCACGACCUCUAAUGUACAACACUUUCAUCAAGCAAUGGAAAAACUAAAGAAGCUUAACAAUGAUGCUUAUGAGUGGCUGAAACAAAUACCUCCUCAAAGUUGGGCUCGCUCCCACUUUACUGGGAGAGCACAUUGUGAUGCUCUAACUAAUAACCUGUGUGAAGCAUUCAACAGCAAGAUAGAAGAUGGUCGUGAUGCACCAAUUAUUAACUGCAUUGAGUUCAUCAGAGAGUACAUUAUGAAGAAGAUAGUCAAAGUUGACAAGGAAAUUCAGAAAGUUGUAGGUCCUUUGACUCUUACAGCUACAACAAUAUUGGAUAAGAUAAAGAGUAAGGCAGAACAGUAUGUUGCAACAUUUUGUGGUGCUGGAAAAUAUCAAGUUGCUGGACCAUGGCAAGAUCAGUGUAUUGUGGAUGUAGGUCAACAAAGUUGCACGUGCAAAAGGUGGGAAUUAACAGGAAUUCCAUGCAAACAUGGUGUGGCUGCUAUUUGGGACAUGGGGAGGAAUGACAAAGAUGUGGGAAUCCCAGAAUCAUUUGUGCAUCCAUGUUACUGGUUAUCAACCUGGAAAGAGAUGUAUUCUUUUAAGGUUAGUCCAAUCAAUGGAAGGUCCAUGUGGGAGAAGUCAGCUAUACCAACAACUCUGUUGCCUCCAAAACAUCGUGUUCCCAUAGGAAGACCAAAGAAGAAGAGAACAAUAUCAAUUGUGGAAAAGGAGGACUUUGUUAGAGGAAACACAGCAUCGAGGGCCCAUAGAUCAGUAACAUGUACGAAGUGUAACAAUGUUGGUCACAAUGCAAGAACCUGCAAAGGGCAAAGACCAAUUGUUGGUGGGGGUGGUGGACAAUCACAAGUCAAAGGAAAAGGGAAAGGGAAGGCAACCACUUGA